UGUUCGGGUGGCGGCUCCUUUAAGGAAACGGAACUGAGCCUCUGCUGCGCUUGACGCGCUGAGGAUGUGGGCAGGAAACGCCAUGCAACGGCAGAGGAGCGAUCACGCUUCCCCGCAGCGUUGCACAACAAAGUGCGACCAAAAUGCGCUUUAAUCGCGCCAGCUGAGGCUUCCAGCAGCCGGAUCCGAGCGCGAGGGCCGCCGCGAGCUGAAAACACCGGGGCUGGCCAGCGGGUGGAGGACAGAGGAGGCUUCAUCGCGGAAAAAAGGAGGUGUCUGCCUUCCCCACCACCACCACCACCACCACCUCACCCCCCGAUCAUGAGGGAGUAUAAAGUGGUCGUUUUGGGGUCGGGAGGAGUCGGGAAAUCCGCGCUGACUGUCCAGUUCGUGACUGGCUCCUUCAUCGAGAAGUACGACCCCACGAUAGAGGAUUUCUACAGGAAGGAGAUCGAGGUGGACUCGUCCCCGUCCGUGCUGGAGAUCCUGGACACGGCCGGGACGGAGCAGUUUGCCUCCAUGCGAGACCUCUACAUCAAGAACGGGCAGGGCUUCAUUCUGGUCUACAGCCUGGUCAACCAGCAGAGCUUCCAGGACAUCAGGCCCAUGAGGGACCAGAUCAUCAGGGUGAAGAGGUACGAGAGGGUGCCCAUGAUCCUGGUGGGGAACAAGGUGGAUCUGGAGGGGGAGAGGGAGGUGUCCUCUGGGGAGGGCAAGGCCCUGGCCCAGGACUGGAGCUGCCCCUUCAUGGAGACCUCAGCCAAAAACAAAGGCUCUGUGGACGAACUGUUUGCAGAAAUAGUCAGGCAGAUGAACUACUCAGCUGUUCCCAGCGGUGGGAGCCAGUGCUGCUCCUGUGUCCUCCUCUGAAGAAACCCCCGUCUCUCCUCACACUGUUGUCUUAUUGUUGCACACAAAAGUCGACAACAAUCGAUUAUGUAUCAUGUCUGGAAAAGUGUUUACAUGACAAAGUACUUGAAUGUUUAGGGAGUUUAUAUCAAAAAUACAUAUAUAUAGCUUUGUAUUUGACACUUCUCUGGAAAUGUGCCUCUAUGGGAAUGUCUAUUUGUGAGACCUAAGAGACACGAGUUUUUCUGAUCAUUUUUGCAGUUUUAUUUUGUAAAGUUGUGUUGCUAUAUCUUCUUGCUCGGGUUUGGAGAUCGGCCAUGAUGAUUAUGAUGAUUGGGAGUUAUCUGACUCCCACUACCCCCAAUACAGGCAGAAGAUGAGGUUGGUCACCUUUCGGGCCUUUUUUAUUAUUAUUUUAUUUUAUCAGAAGGUCUGAAAGCAUUUCAGGUCUAUCAGAGAAUCACCACUCGAGCCUUGCACAGGUUACCCAACCACGAGGUUUUCAGACACGGAGAUGCUGCAUUUCAAUCUGUGGCAUGGAUCUGUGCCAACCACCUCCCCACCCUCCCUCCUCUGACGAUGUCCCUCCUCGGCGUGCACAAACUAGGACCAUGGUGCCAUGCUGUCGUUGCAUGGGGAUCCCCAUGUCAAGUGCCUUUCCCGAGAAAUCUGCGACUGUGCCAACUGAUGAGCCCUUCUUCCUCUGCAGCGCGUCUUGAUGGCAAUCAGAACUUUGACCUUUUUUUUCUUUUUUUGCAGUUUUCAGGCUAAACUCUCACUUUCAUUUAAAAAUCGAAGUUUUGACCAACUGAUUCAGGCCAUUUCUAGGACCAUGGAGAAGAAACAACUUUGCCUAUCGGGAUUUUAGUUCAGUGAAUGGGAAGCCAUGUCUGUGUAUUAUCUAUAUUUUUCUUCUCUUUUUUAAAAAUGUGAGACUUAAAGUAACUGUAAUUCUUCAGCCGCCAACAUGUCAGUUUGAAAGACUUGUAAUACAAAUCCAGUUUUACCUAACAGUGAGUGCUGUGAUCAAGUUUCUAUUCUUACUUUAGGCAUUUAUUGAAUAUCAUCUUGUCUGUAAUACAUUUUAGUAUCAGAUUAAUCCGUUAAUUUGUCAUUUUUGAUAAUAAAUUACUUGAAUUAUAAUAUA